AGUUAGUUUGAUGCUAGUUACAAACAAAAAUUGCAAUGAAGCUACUAGCGUUCGCAUACUUAAUCAUUCUUCUGACCUAUUGCAAAUUUGUCGCUCCGAAAAAGGGUGCAUAUGUCAAUAAAAUUAAGAACGUUCCCUAUACCGUCUCUCUGCAGGAAAAGCCUUUUGGCCAUUUCUGUACCGGCGCUCUAGUGUCCAAACGAUGGGUUGUAACGGCAGCGCAGUGCGUGUGGGGUAAAAAACCUUCGGACAUUUUUAUUCGCGCAGCAUCCAGCUACAAGAACAAAGGUGGUAAAAUUCGAAAAGCGAUAAAGAUCAUCAUACAUCCACUGUUCAAAAGAAUUGAAGACGUGCCACUUGACUAUGACGUGGCGUUAGUGAAACUGAGGAAAAAGUUGUCGAACCAUAGUGUCUACAUUGGCUACAUACCAGUAAGCAGUCCCUACGUAAUGCCAGCUCUGAUCGGUUCCGAUUGUCUCGUUUCUGGAUGGGUGAUAUCGAACAAAACCGAUAAACAACACCAACGUUUGAAAAGUGCAACGGUCGAAAUAGUGGGCGAUUUGGCUAAUCGCUGUCAAGACAAAGUUAGUCCAAAAAUCGUUACCAGGAAUAUGGUGUGCAUUGGAGCACAGAAAAGCGAUGCUUGCCUAGGAGAUUUGGGGAACCCGACGGUAUGCAGUGGAUUAUUGGUAGGAGUGUCAUCUUGGGGCGAACGCUGUGCCACCCCAGAGCAACCUGGAGUUAACACGUUUAUUCCGGAAAUGUGGGAUUUUAUCGCCUCGCACGUUGACGUGGAUACUAGUUAUAAAGCCAAUUCCAAUAUAUUGUAACCUAUCGACCGUAUCGAAUACACAGAAGAUUUAUCGAAUUUCAGUCUGUUGAGAGAUGGAAAAGAAAAUAUUUUUCCUACGCCCGACGUUUCAAUGGCCUAUUCCAUGUUUUUCAAGGUUUCUGUAAAGGUUGAUUGGCUUAGUUACAUGAAAAUACAAAAACCAUUUGCAAUUGUAACUAAUAAAACAGAAAAACAGUUA